AUGUCACUUUGGCGCUAUAAUGGACAAAGGCCAACGUUCAUCACUACGGAGGUGAUGCAGACGGCAUUUUUGCCAUUGGUCAAAGUGCGGGUGGGGGACAUCUGGCCAUGGCGUUAUUUUCUGGCCGAUUACAACAACAGAAGGCGAUUCCUAGGGGGGGCUAUGCUGCAAAGUGCAGCUCUACAUUAUGAUCUGUCGCAGGAAUCACGCCGGCUGAGUAUGAUUGAUUACUAUGCUACGCACGACUUGGACCGGAUUAUGGCACAGUCUGCGAUGGGGUUGUUCAGUGAGCUGGUCACCGCGGAGACCAUGAUGCCAAUGUGA